AUGACCGCCCGGAGGCGCCGCACGGUGGAGUGGGGGCGGCGAGGGAAAGGAGGGCGCGGUGGGGCCGACGUGAUGGUGCGCCGCGACGGUCGCCGGGUAACAGGUCCGGCCGGGGCGCGGAGAAGCCUGUGGUCAGCGCUCUCCCACCGCAGAGCGGCCGCGCCUCGAGAGGGGCAGCAGUUGCCAGCCAGAAUCCCAGAUUCUCCCCCUAAGGAAACUCCCCUUGCAAACGCUGCCUUCUGGGCAGCCAGGAGAGGAAACGUGGCGCUCCUGAAGUUGUUGUUGAACAGCGGCCGGGUGGAUGUGGACUGCAGAGACAGUCACGGCACCACACUCCUCAUGGUCGCCUCCUACGCGGGUCACCUGAACUGUGUGAGGGAGCUGGUUCUACAGGGAGCAGACAUCAAUCUCCAGAGAGAGUCAGGUACAACCGCCCUGUUCUUUGCUGCCCAGCAAGGCCGUAAUGACAUCGUGCGAUUUCUCUUUGAAUUUGGAGCAUCCACUGAAUUUAGGACCAAAGACGGGGGCACCGCCCUGCUGGCCGCCAGUCAGUAUGGGCACAUGCAGGUGGUGGAGACACUGCUGAAGCACGGAGCCAACAUCCAUGACCAACUUUAUGAUGGAGCCACUGCACUCUUCCUGGCUGCCCAAGGUGGUUACUUGAAUGUCAUUCGAUUACUGUUGUCUUCAGGAGCAAAAGUCAACCAGCCAAGGCAGGACGGGACGGCACCACUGUGGAUUGCAUCGCAGAUGGGCCACAGUGAGGUGGUGAGGGUGAUGCUGCUGCGUGGAGCUGAGCGGGACGCAGCCCGGAACGAUGGCGCAACAGCGUUACUGAAAGCAGCCAACAAAGGGUACAGUGAUGUUAUAGAGGAGUUGCUUAAGUUCUCACCUACCCUUGGUAUUUUGAAGAAUGGGACAUCGGCGCUCCAUGCAGCUGUGCUCAGCGGUAAUAUUAAAACAGUAGCUCUGCUCCUGGAAGCAGGGGCGGACCCAGCCCUGAGAAACAAGGCCAAUGAACUUCCAGCAGAACUGACCACAAAUGAACGUAUAUUGCGUCUCCUCCGAAGUAAAGAAGCUCACAGGAAGAGCUAAGUUCCAUAUUUGAUGGAAAGAUAGAAACUUUAACCACAUUGUCCAAAAAGAAACUGAUUUUCAAAUACUGUCAGAAAUUGUUUUAAGAAAGAAGGUGCCCAGAAUUCCC